AGCGCUUCUCUUCAAGGCUGUGCGAAAGGCCCUCUCUGGGAUUGUUGACUGUCCCUGUCCUAAAGGGUUGCCUACUUUGGCUGCAGCUGCCAAGUUAAAAGGGGAGGUGACAAGGAGGCUUGGGGAAGUUUUGGUAGUCAGAUCUUUUAGGUGUUGGCGGCAAGCGGAGCACAUGUCAGGCAGCUCCGUGUGCAAGGAGGAGAUGCCAGCCUUUUAGAAAAGAAACGAGGGCCCAAGAGAGAGGAAACCCAGAAGACUUGUCCUCAUGGUGAUCUAGAAAGAGGAAACUGUCACCCUUUCCUUUCCAAUCUGGUGAUUUCAGGGCAUCCUCGUGAGGUGCUGGCUCCCUGUAUGUGAUCAGAGGAUGAGCGAGCCACAGGGCCAGGAGCUCAGAGCUGAGUGCCCUGUCUGCUGGAACCCAUUCAACAACACAUUCCACACCCCCAAAGUGCUAGACUGCUGUCACUCCUUCUGCGUGGAAUGCCUGGCCCACCUCAGCCUGGUGACCCCGGCCAGGCGCCGCUUGCUCUGCCCACUCUGUCGUCAGCCCACCGUGCUGGCUUCAGGACAACCGGUCACUGACUUGCCUACAGACACUGCCAUGCUGACCCUCCUCCGCCUAGAGCCCCAUCAUGUCAUCCUCGAGGGCCACCAGCUCUGUCUCAAGGACCAGCCCAAGAGCCGCUACUUCCUGCGUCAGCCUCGGGUCUACACUCUGGACCUUGGCCCUGAGCCUGGAAGCCAGACUGGGUUCCCUCAGGACACAGCUCCUGACACCAGGCCGGUGCCCAUCCCUAGUCACUAUUCUCUCAGAGAGUGUGUCCGUAACCCUCACUUCCGGAUCUUUGCCUAUCUGAUGGCUGUCAUCCUCAGUGUCACCCUGCUGCUCAUCUUCUCCAUCUUUUGGACUAAGCAGUUCUUUUGGGGCAUGGGGUGAGCACUCUGUGUUCUAGGACAAGAACAGAGCCUUUCUCAGUGGUUGCUGGACCGGGGACUACAGAGCAGCCUUUGGUGUUACCUUUCUUGUAGUAUUGCUCAUUUUACAGCCCAGGUAUCGGCGAGGUCUGCCUCGGAGAACAGAGAAGGCCCGACAGGAAGAGAAGAGCUAAAGGGCCAGGGACCUGAUCAUAAACUAUGGGGUCAUGAAGGGUAGAGAAGCAGUUCCGUGGCUACAUAGUGAGUUGUGCCAAAGAGCUAGACAACACCACCCAGACAUCAACUAGUUGAGAGAGCUUGUAGCAUCUUUCACUGGAGCCGUGUUGAGCUGUUUGUGUGUUGCUAAUACUUCUGGAAAGUGUUUCAAUUCUGUGGGCCCAUGUGCUUGUGUCCCCUUUCAGCUUUUUCUGAUUCUUGCCACCGUUUCCAGUAAAGCUAGCCUGCAUUCUUUAAGUCAUUGAUUUUUUUUUUUUUCCUUCCUCAACCUUUACUGGGCAGACUGAGAGGAAAGAAAAGACAGAAUGAUCCAGAGGUGGUGGGUAACCCUCGGGGAAGGGAGGGUGUACAGGGUGACAUCUUCAGAUGGAGUGAAGAAAUGAAUCUAAAGGUGAAGGAAGCCAGGAUGGCUGGGAAGAACUUGGGGUUGAGGUAGAGGUCUCUAUUCCUCCCAGUCAAUGCUUGCAGGACAGAUGGAGCCUUGCUCAGCUCCAUAGCUCUGGUCUCAAAAGGUAAGGCAGACACACCAGGGAAGAGGUAAUGCUUCAGCUGCAUCUCAGGCUUGAGCAGUAUGGAGCACAGGCCACUACCUUGGUUUUCUCUUCAUAGGAUAGAACCUAAAAUUUAGCCCAGCCAGCAGCUGCUUGACACUGUGCCACAUACAUGCUGCUUCUUUGGUUCGGGCAUGUCCUGGCGUCCAACUCUGAAGCAAUCUCAAAGUGUCUAAAACACAAUUAGAAAAAGACAUCUUAGCCAGGGCUACACAGAGAAACCCUAUCUCAAACAAACAAACACCCCCCCCAAAAGAAAGUUUUUGUUUUAUUUUUUUCACCAGCCAGGUCCUACGUCCUGAAGGGUUAAUAGCACACAACAGUGCUGGGGACAUUUCUGAAUCAAAUCCUAGCAAGCAGUCUCACCCACUUACAGAACAUCGAGAAACACAAUGGUAGCACCUUCACUGGGUGUGCUUAGGGAUGGAGACCUGCCACUGUGCCUAAGAAAUAUCAUUAUCCUAAGAUUCAAAUAGGUUAAGUAGCAACAAUAGGCUCCAGGUCAAGACACAGGAGUGGGACAAGUCCAUUGUUCAUGAAGUCAGACAGCGAUUUGUCCAUGGCAUCCAUAAGGCGGAAAGGUGGAAAGGCUGAUUAGCCAGCAACCAGGCCACAUGCCCAGUCCUGGUCUUGCCAGUGGCUAACAUUCCCCAUAAAGCAUUGUGAAAUCGCUUCACACAGGCUCACGUGGUUCCACUGCUUACAGCUAGGUAGAGUCCACCCAGCAUCUUAAAAGAAUGAGUUCUCUUAGUGUGCCUGAUGCACCACCUAGGGAGGGUUAAGUGACAGUGGUUCUGCCAUUCAGAAUCCACUAUUUUCUUACAAUGGUUGAAGAAAUGGAUUAUUUCCCCCGGUACUUGCUCUGCUUAAGGCUUAUGUGGAACAUUUCCAACUUGAAUGAUCUCUUGGGUCAACCAAAAAUUAAGUUCCUAGUAAGGUUCAGACCAAAGAAACCAAAACUCGGUGGUGUGCCUGAUCCCGAAUGCAGAACACUAUGCCAAGUCUCGUCAUUUUACAAAUACCACAAGUCUAGAA